AGCUUUCCUUGCAAAUUAUCCCACUUCGAAAGGCUAAAACAAGGUCUUGAAUCUCUUUCUACAUAAACAAUACCCUUCGUCUGUAGUGUUUAAGUUUGGAAGAUUGGAAAUGGGUUCUUUGAAUUUCACAGAUAAGGCUCAUGCAGUCUGUGUUCCUUAUCCUGCUCAAGGCCACAUCAAUCCCAUGCUAAUGCUAGCUAAGGUUCUUCACAGCAGGGGCUUCUAUAUCACCUUCGUCAACACCGAGUUUAACCAUAAGCGCUUACUUAGGUCCCGAGGACCUCAUGCUCUUGAUGGUCUCCCUUCUUUUCGUUUCGAAACCAUUCCCGACGGCCUCCCGCCAACGGAUGUCGAUGCCACCCAAGACAUUCCUUCCCUCUGCGAUUCUACCAGUAAAACUUGCUUACCCUACUUUAAACAACUUAUCCACAAGCUAAACCACUCCUCCUCCACAUCCGAUGUUCCUCCUGUUUCUUGCAUUGUUUCGGACGGUUGUAUGAGCUUCACUCUUGAUGCGGCUGAAGAACUUGGCGUCCCUGAAGUUCUGUUUUGGACCACAAGCGCUUGUGGCUUCCUCGGUUAUGUCCACUAUCGUCAACUAAAGGAAAAGGGUUAUACGCCUCUCAAAGACGAGAGCUAUUUAGCGAACGGAUACUUGGAUACCGUCAUAGACUGGAUACCGGCAAUGGAAGGUAUCCGGUUGAAGGAUCUACCUACUUUCCUAAGGACAACUGACCCGAAUUUCAUUAUGCUUGAUUUUGUUUUCCGUGAGACCGAAAGAUCUCGCAAGGCCUCAGCAAUAAUACUGAAUACAUUUGAUGAUUUGGAGCAUCAAGUCUUGGAAUCUCUCAACUCAGUUCUACCUCCUGUUUACUCCGUGGGCCCUCUGCAUCUUGCUUUGAAGCAUCAUGUGCAUGACAAUGAAUUGAAACAAAUAGGAUCCAAUCUUUGGAAGGAAGAGCCCCAGUGUCUCCAAUGGCUAGACACGAAAGAUCCCAACUCUGUCGUCUACGUGAAUUUCGGGAGCAUCACUGUGAUGACAUCCGACCAGUUGAUUGAAUUUGCUUGGGGGCUAGCCAACAGCAAGCAACCGUUUUUGUGGGUCAUCAGGCCCGACCUUGUGGGUGGUGAGUCGGCAAUUGUGCCGGCAGAGUUCGUAGAGGAGACCAAAGAUAGAGGGAUAUUGGCAACAUGGUGCCCUCAAGAACAAGUUCUGACCCACCCUUCUAUUGGAGGAUUCUUAACACACAGCGGAUGGAAUUCCACGAUUGAAAGUAUAUCCGCCGGCGUUCCCAUGACAUGUUGGCCGUUUUUCGCUGAGCAACAAACGAAUUGUUGGUAUUCAUGCACUAAAUGGGGAGUGGGCAUGGAAAUCGACAAUGAUGUUAACAGGGAUGAAGUUGAGAGCCUUGUUAGAGAGUUGGUCAAAGGAGAAAAGGGCAAAGAGAUGAAGAAGAGAACUCUGGAUUGGAAGAGAAAAGCAGAGGAGUCCAUAGCCAAUCCGGAUGGGUCGUCUUACAGGAAUCUGGACAAAAUGAUCCAAGUUCUACUGUCACCCAGAGUUUAAGAGCCAAGGCCAGAUUUCACUUUUAUUUAUUUAUUAUUAUUUAUAAAUUCCGCUGCAGAUCCUUGAUAAGUUUGAGUACGUUUCAGUUUAAUAAUACAGAUGUGAUGUUUAUCAUUGGUAAAAAAAUUAUACUACGUUCAAAAAAGACAAAAGAAGUGAAGC